GGUGAUGUAUCAGCAUAUUCUUAGCGACGUUCACAACUGACACCUUGGCUCUCGUCGCUGGAUGCAUUUUUGGGACAGGACAGCACUCCAACAAGUAAUGAUUACAGAAAAAUAACGCGGGAAAUCCAACUCUAUAAUCUGAGCACCGUGGCAGUCACCAUUCAUUUGUAUAUCGACAUCUGAUCGAAGAUUUAAAAUACGUCAUGGCCCAAAACACCUUUUUGAUUGGAAUACUCUUAGUCACAGUUCAAGCUCAGCAGCAAUUCCAACCUGAACCAUAUCUAAUAUUUGCAAAUAGUUUUGAUAUCAGGAAGUUGAAUUUUGAUGGCACCAAUUAUAGAAGACUUGUUGAAGGCUUACUGAAUGUGGUGGCAUUGGAUUAUGAUUAUGCAUCUGGGUAUAUAUAUUGGAGUGAUCACUUGACAAGGAAAAUACAGAGAGCUGAAAUUGACAAUGCACAAAAUACUGUUGAGGAUUUUGUAGUAGAUGAUAUAGAAGUACCUGAUGGAAUAGCAGUUGAUUGGAAAAAUAGAAAAUUAUUUUUUACUGAUCGCAUAAGAUCUGUUAUAGAAAAGAUUGGAUUGGAUGGCACCAAUCGGAUUGUUUUAAUUACAACCAAUAUCUAUGAACCUAGGGGAAUUGCUUUGGACCCCCACAGUGACUGGUUUUAUUUCACUGAUGUAUAUGACGCACAACCAACUAUUCAGAAAGCAAGAAUGUCUGAUGGUUCUCAGCAGACGACCAUAAUCAGUACUGGAUUAGCAAAACCCAAUGCUAUCACGGUGGAUUACAUUGACAGGAUGAUAUAUUGGGCAGAUGCGACGACCGACAAAGUGGAGAGUUGUGAUUUGAACGGCAAUGCUAGACAGGUGUUGGUAGAUAAUCCGAGUACCUUUCAUCCUUAUGGAUUGACGCAGUAUGACGAUCGCAUCUACUGGACAGAUCAACAACUACACCAUAUCGUGAAUUUGAAUAAACAUGAUAAGAAUGAUAAGGUGAUCAUUACAGGUUAUUUUAGCUAUCCGACGGCUAUACACGUGGUACACCCUGACAGACAACUCGGAACAGAAAUUGAUUCCUGUCAGCAUAAUGAUGGCCGUGGUGAAUGUGAUCAUAUAUGUAUUGAUUUGUACGGUUCGUAUAUGUGUGCUUGUAGACAAGGAUAUCAUCUACAGACAGAUGAACACACAUGUGACGAUACGAAUGAAUGCAGUAUUAACAAUGGCGGAUGUAGUCAUCACUGUCUGAACAUAGAGAGUAGUUUCUUCUGUACUUGUAUUAAUGGGUAUACAUUACAAGCAGAUCAAAGAACAUGUAGAGAUACCAAUGAAUGUCACAUCAGUAACGGUGGUUGCCAAUUUAGUUGUCAUAACACCGACUCGUCGUAUUACUGUUCCUGCCCGUCCGGGUACACUUUGGAAAGCAAUAAAAUCACAUGUCAUGACAUAGAUGAAUGCGUAACAGGAAGUAAUCCAUGCCCAUCAAACGCUCUCUGCCAGAAUGUGCCUGGAUCAUAUCAGUGCAUUUGUGGGAGCGGGUUUCAUUUCAAUAAAGUCACUAGGCAGUGUGAGGAUACAAACGAAUGUACAAGUGCCAAUAAUAUGUGUUCUCAGCGAUGUGUCAACACCGGUGGUUCGUUCAGAUGUGAAUGUAACAUUGGAUAUACAUUACAAGAAGAUGGUAGUACCUGCAUUGAUAUCAAUGAAUGUAAUGUAGCAAAUGAUUGUCAGCAGCAAUGUACAAACAUACUAGGUUCCUAUGUGUGUUCCUGUACGGUUGGUAGUAUACUGAAUGCUGAUGGGAAAAGCUGUCGUCCUACAACAUGUCAACCCCCACCACCCAGGCCAGGAUUCACAAUAACGUGCCAAGAAACAUCUCACUUGUAUCUCAGUAGGUGUGAUAUUGAUUGUGAUCUAGGCACUUUGGUUGGCUCUAAUUCCAUCACAUGUCUAUCUAACAGCGAGUGGAGCAUACUGACGGCUGAGUGCAUCGGUAUAAGCGGCAAAACUGAAAAUGAUCCACCAAUUGCCACAUACCUGACGUCUAACGUAAUUCCUGAAGAUGCUGAUAAUGGUGAUAUUGUUGGUUAUUUGCGCAGCAUCGACUCAGACCCAAUGCAGACAUUUACUUAUUUUCUGCGUGAUGAUGCUGACCCGUUCUAUAUCGGAAGCCAUGACACGCUCAGGACACGUGGGAUGCUAGACUUUGAGACCAUGACCCAGUACACUGUUUCAAUUCUGGCGACUGAUGACGGUAUCCCACCAGAGUCGCUGAUUUCUAGCCUCAUAGUUUACGUGAUCAACGUCAAUGAACCACCGGGUCAGCCCAUGUGGCAGCAAACAACGAUCAGUGAAAAUGCAAAUGUUGGUGACGUAGUGACGUUGUUGAAUGCACUAGAUCCCGAUGAAGGGCAGCAGUUAAACUUCACUUUGAUCACCAACUCCAACGGGAAAUUCUCCAUGGUCAAUAAUGCCUUGGUUGUCAACAGACCGCUUGAUUACGAAACAAACAGACAUCACCAAAUACACAUACAAGUACGUGAUAAUGGAAUGCCCAUCCAAACAAACAGCGCAGUCUUUGAACUUGACAUCAUUGACGAGAAUGAACCGCCUCUGAAAAUAAACUUCAUAGGAAGCGAUGUUCCUGAAUUUACAGCUGGUGGCGACACUGUGACCGGUAAAGUGAUUGGUCGGUUUGAAACUGAAGAUCCAGACCAGGGGGAUACGCACACAUACUCUUUAGACACACUAAACGCUUGUUUCGAUAUACAGGGGUCUGAUUUACUUGUUGGCAAUGUGGAUUGUUUCAAUUAUGAAACUCAUCCCUUUUAUUUACUCUCCGUACAAGCGUCAGACUCUGGUGGCUUGAGUGUUAGAACCACCAUAAGGAUUGGUAUCAUUGAUGUAAAUGAGCCGCCAACAGGUGUGACACUAUCGACAAAUACGAUAAUGGAGCACGUACCUCUGAACACAGUAGUGGGUACGCUGACAGCUUUAGAUGAAGAUACUGCUGAUACACAUAUAUUUACACUCCUCAACAGCAAUGGUUUAUUUGCCAUUGAGGGUCAUACAGUUAAAGUUGCUGCCGAUCUGAAUUACGAAACUUUUCCAACUGGUGUUGGGUUUGAGGUUCGUUGUAUCGACAGUGACAGUAACUCUAUCACUGUGUCAAUGAUGGUAUUUCUGGGAAAUGAAAAUGAAGAACCAAAUGAUAUCAGUGUGGUGAUCAAUAAACCGUGUAGUUUUGGUCAUGUUGGUCCAAAUGGUGUUAUCAUUGAUGCCUGUAUUCCUGAAACAACAGCUCCAAAUGACCUUGUAGCAUUGGUUGCCGCUAGCGACCCUGAUGGGGAUACUUUGUCCAUCACUAUGAUAGACAGCAGUGGAAAAUUUAUGCUAACUGAUAAUUUGCGAAUUCAACUUGGUCCUGAAAAGUUGAAUUACGAAUCCGAUUCUUAUGGUCACAUCUUUCAAGUUACACUCAUAUCCAGUGAUCCAAAUGGUCUGACUAAAGAAAAGGACCUAUAUUUUGAGGUAAAUAUUCACUAA